AGCGUUCGUGCAUUUCCGGCGCAGUCGGGUUUUGGUCAGUUGGUUGUUCGCACUCGUAAAUAAAAAAUGUGUAUGAUUUUAAAACGAGACAUUUGUUAAAACCAAAUUAUAAAGAACUCCUCACAAAAUGGUUUCUAGUAACAUUGAAAAAUUAGCAGAAGACUUAGAGAAGCAAGAGUUAGAAGCACAGAACGGUAUAGCAUCACCUCAAGUUUACGAACAACUCCUAGCUAUAUAUUUAUACGAAAACGACUUAUGCAAUGCAAAAUAUUUAUGGAAACGCAUCCCGGCUUCGGUGAAGUCGUCCACUCCUGAGCUAAACAACAUCUGGGCCGUGGCCCAGCAUAUGUGGAAGAGGGACUUCCCGGGGAUUUACAAGGCUCUGAACGCGGUAACAUGGUCCGACGGUGUGGCGAAUAUUAUGAAACAAGUUCAAGACAGAGUGAGAAAUAGAUCAGUAGAUUUAAUAGCACAAGCGUAUUCUUCAAUAACAUUAGACACUGUUUCUGCAAUGACGGGCUUGCCCCCAGACAUUUGUGCAACGGCUUGUGUGGAGAGGGGCUGGCAAGUGGAAGCCGACACUAGGAUGGUUCACCCCGUUAGACCAACCCCACAAACUUCUGGCCAGACAAGUAGUGAAGAUCAAUUGUAUAAACUGACAGAUUUUGUAUCAUUUCUCGAAAAUUGAAUUGUAUUUUUGUUUUUAUAAGUUAAUUGUAAGCUAAUAUAAAUAUUUCAGUAAA